AAACCCGGUCAGAUUACUGACCUAUUAAUUGUGUGACGAACAUCAAUCUAGGAAAUUCUUUCGAAUCGAUUUAUCAAAUUUUACUGGUGCUACUGUUAUUAUUAUCAUAGUCGCCUAUUUUAGCUAAUUGUUAUUGAUCCGGUGCAUAAUUUUUUUUUUAGUUCAACAAUUUUUAAUGAUAGAAAUUCUUUUCAACAUUCAUUUCCUAAAAUAAUCAUAAACAACAAAAUGAAAACAAUGAAUGAAAAUCAUCGUAACGUUAUUGAUAAUGCUAAUAUGGAUGAGAUGCAUACAUCAUUAGGUGUAAUGAAUUCAAUUAAUGAUUCAUUAAUUUCAUCAUUCUAUGCAAAUAAAUCAAUAUUUAUUACCGGUGCAUCCGGUUUUAUGGGUAAAGUUUUGGUUGAAAAAUUACUUCGAUCAUGUUCGAAUAUUAAAUCAAUUUAUAUUCUUCUUCGUACGAAGAAAAAUGUUGAUCCAUGUGAUCGAUUGAAUGAGCUUAUUCGAUCAAAGAUUUUCGAUAGAGUUCGUGAAAUGAAUGCUAACCUUUUGGAUAAAGUGAUUGUAAUUCCUGGUGACAUUGUAUUACCCGGUUUAGGUAUUUCUGAUACUAACAUUGAAUUACUAAAUCAAGAAGUUUCAAUCGUUUUUCAUUCGGCUGCCACUGUUAAGUUUGAUGAGCCAAUGAGAACUUCAAUCAAUUUCAAUGCAUUAGGUACGAGACAUAUGUUGGAACUUUGUCGUAAAAUGAAAAAAUUGGAAGCAUUUGUUCAUGUUUCUACGGCUUACUCUAAUUGUGACCGUCAUGAUGUUGGUGAACAAUUUUAUCCAAUUACUGUGCCAUAUAAUAAAAUAAUCGAACUUAACGAAUGGAUGGAUGAUGAAACAUUAGCAGCGGUAACACCUCAAUUGUUAGGUAAUCGACCUAACACUUAUACCUAUACAAAAGCGUUAGCCGAAACAUUAUUAUUGAAUGAACAAGGUUCACUUCCUGUUGCCAUUGUACGGCCAUCUAUUGUUACAGCUGCUUGGCGUGAACCAUAUCCCGGUUGGGUGGACAAUAUUAAUGGGCCAACUGGAAUGGUAUUGGCUUCGGGUAAAGGAUUAUUGCGAUCAAUGUUGUAUGAUUCAAAGGCUUGUGCCGAUAUAAUCCCGGUGGAUAUGGUAAUCAAUUUAAUGAUAGCCGUUGCAUGGUAUACUGCUAUGCGAAGACCAAAAAAUAUUCAAAUUUAUAAUUGUACUUCGGGAACAUUGAAUACACUGAAAUGGAGUGAUAUCGAAAGGAUCGUUUUCCCGUUAAUAAUAAAAUAUCCCAGCCUUAAUGUUUUUCGGUAUCCAGGUGGAACAUUCAAAGAAUCGAGAUCAUUCAAUCGAAUUUGUAGUGUUUUUUGUCAUUUAAUACCGGCAUAUCUAAUCGAUGGUAUACGUUUGUUAUGCUGGCAAAAACCAAUGCUUAUUCGAAUUUACCAAAAACUUCAACGAGCAAUCGAAGCACUUGAAUAUUUCACAACACGUGGAUGGAAUUUUGAUUUCACAAAUGUGAUUGCUUUGUCACAAGAACUUCGAGGUAUCGAUCAAAAGGAAUUUCAUUUUGAUGUUCGAAAUCUAAAUUGGUCAUCAUAUUGGGAAGAUUAUGUACUUGGAAUAAGAAAAUUUAUUUUAAAAGAAGAAAUUUCAACAUUACCUAAAGCAAGAAAAAACUUGAAAAGAAUUUAUUACAUUCAACAAUUUCUUUAUCUAUCUAUUGCAAUGAUUAUUUCAUAUUUAUUGGCCACAAGUACAUCAUUCUUUCCAUAUGAAUGGCUUUCAUCAAUCAUGACAAUCAUAUGGCCAACCGAAUUCAUUGUGCAACAAUAUAAUCUAAAUCCACAAUCAUCUCCAAUAUUUGAACAUCCAUUAUCAAUGAAUUUCACAUCAAUAACUCAAUCAUCCAUACAAUCACAAUCAAGACAUUCAUCAUUAUGGACAUUAUUGGCAUCGUAUAUAGGUUUACCGACCUCAUCAAUCACUACUUGAGUUCCAAUACACAUGAAUAAACAAAAAAAAAAA